ACUCUAUAUAUUUCUCUGUUAUUAUAAAACUUGUAGCAUUUAACAGAUAGCUCGGCGGACUGACCAGUUGUUGCUUGGAGACACUCUGCUUGCACGAUGCUGAAAUUCUUGUUUUUUUCCCUCGCGGCGAUACAAGCGGCCUCUAGUGAAGGCUGCAAAGGAAUAUUGUACGAUGGAAAACCGUACAAAGAACAAUUAAUGAAGGCAGACAUCUACAAACCUUCAUCUCUGGCUAUAGACUACAAAACUAGCGCCCUCUAUUUCACACAUAUCGACCAAACUGGAGAUAUAUUUUACAAAACUGCCAAAAUAAAUCUGAAAGAUGGAAAAUUCACUAAUCUAGAAGUCAAUAAUGGUUUCUCUCUUGACGUAGAUCAGAAGAACCACGUUAUUUACGUUGGCGGUUAUAAAGGAAUUUAUAAAUACAAUGAAAGGAAUAACAAAGCUCAACUAAUUGUGCGAGGAAUUAAUACUUGGAAUGUAUUUUAUAAAAACGUCUUGUAUUACAUUGAAUUUGUUAGUCAAACACUAUUUACAUACUCUAAUGGUAAAUCUAAGCCUGUCGAAGAACUGGAAGGCAUUAAAGUUUACUUCUUUGUUAUGGAUGAUGAAGAUUACAUGGUUUACAGCAAUGGAACUGGUGUAUUUGGUAAAAAGAAAGGUGAACAAGAGGUCCUAUAUAAAGAUGUUAAAAGUGUAGAUGAAAUCAGAGAGAUCACUUUGGAUAGGAAUGGUAGAGUGUUUGUUUUAGCUGCUGAUGGUAUAUACAGGGUGAAUAAAGUAACGGAAAGUAUCGUAAAAGUUGCGGAAAUACAGGAUGUGUAUGGAAUGGCGUUUGAUAUUGAUAAUAAUUUGAUAUUUUCGAAGGAGAAUUCAUUGCUACGUUUAGUUCCUAAUAAAGAUUGUUAAUUGUUUAACCAAGAUCUAUUAAAUGUAGAUUUUAGUGAUAUUAAGCAUUUUGUAUAUGUUUUAAAGUAGCGGGUUCCUCUAUUUCCAAAAUAUAGAAGACUAAUAUGUAUGUUUGUAAUAAAUAAAACACAAUUAUUGCAGA